CUUCUCUUGCCGGAGGCCAUUGACCCCAACUCUUGACGAUAGUAGUAGCCAUCUCAACCCUCAAAUCUCUUCAACAAUCUGUUAAUCCCACCCCAAUGGCUUCCGAUCACCAAUCCACCCUAACCACCUCACUCCCAAUCUCAACAAACGAAGACGACCUCCACUCCUCCGCCCUCCUCCCCUCUCCCGCCCCCAGGAAAUCCCCCUCUUCCACACUGGCAUUCAUCUCCCUCGUCAUCACCACCGCCGCCGCAUUCUCCUUCCUCUUCUUCUCCUCCUCCAAACCCCCAAACCCCAGCCCCCAUUCCACCGCCGCCCUCUCCUCCAGGCCCCUCUCCAAGCUCCACCACCCCGUCGUCCUAAUCAUCUCCUCCGACGGCUUCCGCUUCGGCUACCAAUUCAAAACCGAUCUCCCCAACAUCAAUCGCCUCAUCCGCAACGGCACUGAAGCCGAUCUCGGCCUAAUUCCCGUCUUCCCAACCCUAACUUUCCCCAAUCACUACUCCAUCGUCACCGGCCUCUACCCUCCCUACCACGGCAUCAUCAACAAUUACUUCACCGAUCCUAUCUCCGGCGACAAAUUCAACAUGGCCAGCCACGACCCCAAGUGGUGGCUCGGCGAUCCCCUCUGGGAGACCGUCUCGAAUCACGGCCUCAAAGCCUCCACCUACUUCUGGCCCGGCUCCGAGGUACGCAAGGGUUCCUGGAAUUGCCCCACCAAUUAUUGUAUGCCUUACAACGAAUCCGUUCCAUUUGAAGAAAGAGUUGAUGCAUUGCUUAGCUACUUCGAUAUGCCUAGUGAUGAAAUUCCCUCGUUUAUGACGUUGUAUUUCGAGGAUCCUGAUCACCAGGGCCACCAGUACGGCCCUGAUGAUGUCAGGAUCACUGAUGCCGUUGUUGAGAUUGAUGCGUUGAUUGGUAGAUUGAUUCGCGGAAUGGAGGAAAGAGGAGUUUUUCAGGAUGUGAAUAUUAUCCUGCUUGGUGAUCAUGGUAUGGUCGGUACUUGUGACAAGAGAGUCAUCGCUUUGGAUGAUCUUGCUGAAUGGGUUAAAAUCCCGAAGGAAUGGGUUCAGUCUUACACUCCGGUGCUGUCAAUCCGCCCCCCUCCUGGCUACUCCACGAGCGAGAUUGUUGGUAAGAUGAACGAGGGGUUGGGGUCGGGUAGAGUGGAGAAUGGGGAGUUCUUGAGGGUUUUUCUCAAGGAGGAUUUGCCUAACCGGCUGCAUUACUCGGAUAGUUAUAGGAUUCCACCUAUAGUGGGAUUGGUCGGGGAGGGGUUCACGGUGACGCAGACGAGAUCAACAGGGCAGGAGUGCGGUGGAGCUCACGGAUACGACAAUGCAUUCUUCUCGAUGAGGACUAUUUUCAUUGCUCAUGGGCCGCGAUUUGCGAGGGGGAGGAAAGUGCCAUCUUUUGAGAAUGUGCAGAUAUAUAACAUGGUUACUAGAAUCUUGAAAAUUGAUGGAGCCUCUAAUAAUGGUUCAGUGUCAUUUGCAGACACUGUUGUUUUGCCUGCUCACUCAAACUAGCCAUCAAAUUUGGAGUGAUGAGUGCAAUUGACAAGGUAACUACACUGGUAUUUGCAAGUUCAGGUAGUUAUCAAGUCUUUGUUGUAUGAUCAAGUGGAUGAUGGUGUUGCUUUUUAUCAUAUCUUCUGCACUGUAUCUUCAAUAUUCGACUGAUCUUUGUGGCCGUUUUUCAUUAGAGGUUAGCUGCAAAGCUAAUUUAUUCCAUCAUGUACUAAUCUGAUGGAAAUUAGUGUUACUUAUAUUGUGCAUUUACUUUUCUUUUCCAAUACUAGUUAAGUUGAAGUGGCGAUAUAA